UCUACUGUCGCGUCGCGCGCAUGUUUCCAGUUCAUUGCGCUUUACUAUGAAGUGAGAUUUGCGCAUUGCAGCCCGAACACAAGAACCUGCUCAACAGACGAGUGGAUUUAACACAGACACACGUAUUUCACGUGUAAGAAGCAACAGAUCCAAAAUAGACAAAAUGACCCUGAACUACUCUGCUCUCAACCUCACUUUGGACAAUUGCACGUUCCUGCCAUAUUACAUCCACUCGGCAGGGAUGGCGGUCAGCUACAUCCUCUCGUACCUGCUGGUUCUGCUCCUUUGUGUCGUGGGGAACGGACUUGUCUGCCUGGUGGUCAUCAGGAACCGCAACAUGCGUUCGGUCACUAAUCUCUUCAUCCUGAACUUGGCGAUUAGUGAUCUGCUGGUGGGCGUGUUCUGUGUGCCCACCACAUUGAUUGACAGCCUCAUCUCAGGUUGGCCUUUCAGCCAAAUCACCUGUACUAUGAGCAACCUGAUCCAGGGCAUGUCAGUGUCUGCUUCUGUCUUUACCCUGGUUGCCAUAGCAGUUGACAGGUUUACAGGGAUUGUUUACCCUUUCCAUCACCGCCUGAGGCCGGUCAGUGCGCUCUUCGCCAUCAUCUUCAUUUGGCUGCUUGCUUUUGCCAUCAUCUUUCCUUCCGCUGCAACCCUGACGGUCAUUCGCCUGGAUGACAUCUACAUGGUCCAGGACAACCAGAUCUACCCACUGUUUGUGUGUUUUGAGGACUGGCCGAGAGCUGACUUGCGGCGAGUUUACACCACGGUAAUCUUCGUCCAUGUGUAUCUGGCCCCGCUGGGUCUCAUAAGCAUCAUGUACGGCUGCAUCGCUGCCAAACUCUCCAACAACUUACGUGAGAAUCGCGUUCGCUCCAGGAGGAGGAUGAAAGUCAUCAAGAUGCUCAUCAUGGUUGCCAUUCUCUUCAUGGUGUCCUGGCUGCCGCUUUGGACUUUGAUGCUUCUUACAGACUAUCAGGAUCUGGACCGCCAACAGAUUGACUUCUUGAGCAGCUAUCUUUUUCCUGUAGCUCAUUGGCUGGCGUUCUUCAACAGUGGUGUUAAUCCGAUCAUCUACGGCUUCUUCAACGAGAACUUCCGGAGGGGCUUUCAGGCCGCUAUAGCCUGCCGUUCCUGCAGCUCUGUUGCUUUGGAGAUGCGUCACACGCACUUUGCUCUCCCGCCCUCUAACAAAGUAUCCGACGGGAACAGAGGUGUGAACAGCAGGCAGAAAGAUUGCUGCUUCCCUGUAAUGCCCCAAGGGACGGCUCAUGGUAUUCAGGGAAUUCUCCUUGAGGACAUGAAUGGAGUUACAGCCUCCAACAGAGUUAUAGGAGCCUGGAUGGAGUGAAUGGUGUAAUUGAGGAGUUCUAUAUCCCAGGAGAAAGCUGUAGCAUUGACAUUCUUCAACUCAAGUUGUUCGGCUGGUGCACACGCACAGCUCUUACCGGCCUACGUCUGUUACACUCACCCCCCUAAACCUCACUCCCAUCCGGAUCACGGCACCAGUAUAAUCCCUCCUGUUCGAACCGCGGGACUCGAACCCGGGUCCGCCGGCAUGGGAGUCGGGCGCUCUAACAAGGAAACUAAAGACCGCUGUCUCUGGCAUCAGUCGCUAAAGCGCCUCUUGAGAUUAGGGGAGUGAGGUUUACACGCACAGCUCUUACUGGUCUAUGUCCGUUACACAUUCAACCCUACUAAGUACAUGGGCUUGCAGCACGACAUUUGAGAAUUUUCUCUACAGGGUCUAUGCGGUGCCACUCAGGAAAAAAACAAUACCAGACACACAGAACUGGAUGUAUCACACAUAUCUGGGAAUAAAUGAAUUCAAAAGAGCAAAAAAAUUCUACCCACUAAAAAAAAAAAAAUAUUUUCGAAUGUUGUAAAUACAAUACUUGACAUCAUUGUACAUCAGACCACAGGUGCCUUGUAAGUACUGUAUAUUUGUAACAAAAUCUUAAUUUUUGCUUUAAUUAAAAAAUGUAUUUAUUGAUAUAUAUAUAUAUAUAUAUAUUUAUUUAUUUAUUUAUUUAUUUUUAUCAUAUUUAUGUUUGCUCCCAUUACUGUAAAUUGCAGUGACAUGUAAUGCUAAAUACAGAAGCAGAGAGAAAAAAGAAAAAUAUGAUAUUUUACAUACAUUGUGAGGUUAUUUAAUGUUUGGUAACACCAUGCUGUUAUACUUAUAUGAAUAGAGUUCUUAUCUGUCAGCUCAGUUCUUGUUGCCCAGUUAGGAUUCACUUCAGAGAGUGUUAUUGCCUCUGAAAGCACCAUAUGUUAUUUUACAUAUGUUUUCAUGAAUAAUACACACUGUAAUACAAGUUCAUGGAACCAUACCUGAAGAUAAACAUCACCUAACUGGAAAAUAAAGCCAUUUAAUGUGUGAAAUGUGACUGCUAAAGAUGUUUACCGGAGUCAAGUUUUUUUUGUAAAUGUGUAAAUUCACCAAAUCCACACAUGCUCUGUUAAUAGUAAUAUCUUCGUAAUUUUGUACCAUGUGCAUUUUGUAAAACAAGCUUACAUUUCCACUCUUGGGCAUGUAAUUCAUAUUUUAAUGGAUUGAUGCUGCUAAAUGCCUCUGAUAUUGAGCUACUAACACAUAAGUUUUAUGUUCAGUUGCAAGUAUAGGGUGACCAAGGAACAGCAUAAAUCAUAACCCUGUUCUAUAACCAGACAAAGACAGUUACCUCCAGGUUAACUCCAAGCAGACUAACUCUGUGUAUUUUUGCGUACAAGCUAUCUUCUAAAUUACUGUAGUCAAAGUAAUUUUAUGUCAUACCUAAAAGCAUAUAUUAUGUCUUUGCAUGGCCUUAAAGGGAGAACGAUGCACUCUCAGAAAAAUUGGCACAUUGGGUCAGUACCCUUUAAAACAUUGCGUUAUGGUACCUUAGUGACAGCUUUUGUACCUUUUUUUUUCUAAGAGCAUGGUAGCCAUCUUGUAAGGUUGUUCCAAACAGAAGUGCUCAAAAAUAACCUCUACACAGGGUCUUUCAAAGUGAACUGAUAGACAUUGUUGCUCUUUGCAUCAGAACCUCUUAGUCAGGGCCAGUCAUCAUAUAUCUGCACCAGGUUUGCCAAUUGUAAUGAAGCUUGACCUGCAAACGUACUCUGGUUCUACAAGCUUUAAUCUAUAAGGCUUUACAAAAUGUCUGUAAUUGAACUUUUAAAAACGUUUUUAAAGCAUAUAUUUUCUUGUUUUUGUAACUGGACAUUGCUUAUGUUAUACUGUAAGUGAAUUUGGGUUGUUAUUAUAAUAAAG